AACUGCUAGUUCGAGUAUGUUUUCAUUUAUACGUUAUAUUUGGAAAUCUAUUUUUUAAACAAAAAUAAAAAAGCUAUUGAUAUGUAAUUAUGGAUACAUCAUACAGCCGAGCAUGCAAUAAACGCAUCUGUUGUACAUACAUUUUCACGUUUUUACUGCUCGUCCUCUUUUUCUAUCACUUAAUGUGGAAUAAUAGAAAAAGUAUUAUAGGACUUGCGCGGUUGCAAGAGGACGUCAACUGUAUAUCCCAAGCGCUCAAAGUGGAUUGCUCGACAAUGAAAUUAGACAGCUGUCCAUCAGAAUCGGGAACUUGUGACCCAACUAUGGAUUUAAAGGGAUCAAUAUCAUGCGAAUCGACCGAAUUGAAUGACUGUGUGGAAACAGUGGUAAAACGCAAGAUUAGUAGCUUAAUGGACGAUGUAUACAGUAUUAAAAAGAGAAUUGAGCAAUCCGCAUGUAAGGAGUCAGUGGAAAAUGCAGCCGAGGCGAACAAACAAAAAAUGGCUCCACUUCGCAUCAAUUAUGCUUCGGAGGAGCUGGGAGCUCGUAUAAUUUCUGCCCUAGCAAAACCAAUUGCAGAUAGCAACUUGCUUAUGAUGUUGCUUGGGUUGGAAUUCAGUACAAAUCCGCCCAUCAAUAUGCUGAGGCCAAGCUUAAUGCCAGGAUCGUGUUUCGGUUUUCGGGGCAGUCAGGCAGCGAUUACACUACAUUUAGCCAAAACUAUCUAUGUGGAGCAAAUAAGUUUGACCCAUAUUCCCAAAGAGAUGACUCCGAGCGAGUGUGUUGAUAAUGCACCAAAAGAUUUUGAAGUUUAUGGAGUGACUCCGAAAAAGAAUAAAGAGCUAUUGGGCAAGUGGAGAUUCAAAAAUGAUCCAAAUGAACGCACAGAGAAUUAUAUUAUCAAUAAUAAUUGUCCGUUUCGUUCAUUGCUUUUCGAAUUCCUCUCAAAUCAUGGCGGCAAUUCUACUUGCAUAUAUCGCGUGGAAGUGUUUGGCCGAGCAACAGGCGUAAUUUAA